UGCAUGAUGGAAAAUUAGUUCCACUAUGUGGGUUAAAAAUACUAAAAAUGACUAUUAUAAAGUUUUCAUUAGAAUAGGGUUUUGUUCUGAAUUUUCAAUUUUCGGCCCCACACCCAGGCCAAAACCAGCCUACACCCGGCAUUUUACUGUACUUCGAAACUAUUAAUUUGAGGUUAUUUUUAGUACUGACAUCACUUGCAGACUAACGUCCCCGUGAUGAUCGCGAAAUGAGGACACUCAAUGACGUCAUUACUUGAUGUGUAGCAAAAAUGGCUGCAUUUAUUUCUGUCCCCUUGAAAAAUAGUCAAGAAGUUAAUGUUGUUCCACCGCUGAAGAAAUUUAUUCAGCGUACCUAUAAUAAAGAUGGCCAAGAAGAAGAUUAUGCUCAGGCUAUGAAUGAUUUGAACACUCAAAGGAAUAAUGCUGUUUGUAGGAAACUUGAUAAGCAUGAAAAUUCGAUCGACACCCUUCAGCGAUAUUAUGAUCAACUUGUUUUAAUGGAAUCAAAGUUACCUGUAUCAGAGGACAUGGUAUGUAUUUUUAUGUCAGUAUAACAAACUAAAUAAAUA